ACUUGAAUUAACCUUCUUUAAAAGUUAAAACUUCACUUAACUGCCUGGUUUUAUUUCUAACUUCGUGUCAUUUUCACGGGAAACUAAGCAAAACCAGUCGAAGAGUUUGUUGUCUGCUCGAACUGCAGAAAAAACCAAACCCCCCUCCUGCAGGCUGAGCCACAGAAGGCUUUUGAACAGAGUGGUACAGAUUCACUGGCUGCUUGAGAUCACUCCAACACAGACAGGGCUGGGACAUUAAACUGAUCAGAAAGACCAAAGGAAGGACUCAAACAUCCACACACGGCAUGUUCCUGGAGAAAAAUCAUCAGCAAUGAAGUGAUCAAGUCGCUGUUCGGAUGGUCGUGCUGUUUUAUUCCUCUGACACCACAGCAGCUCGUCAUGGAUUAACGUGGAAAACGUCAAGAUGAUUUACAGCUUUAAUUCAGACCGAUAGAAAGCGCUGAAACUGGAGACUCCUUCCAGAACAGCUGGGGCAUGGCGGUCAACGUGUAUUCUACCUCAAUCACCCAGGAGACUAUGAGCAGGCAUGACAUCACGGCCUGGGUCAACGAUCUGCUCAGUCUCAACUACACGAAGGUGGAGCAGCUCUCUUCAGGUGCUGCUUACUGCCAGUUCAUGGACAUGCUUUUCCCUGGCUGCAUCAGUCUUAAGAAGGUCAAGUUCCAAGCCAAGCUGGAGCAUGAGUACAUUCACAACUUCAAACUUCUUCAAGCCUCCUUCAAGAGGAUGAAUGUGGACAAGAUAAUUCCUGUCGAGAAGCUCGUCAAGGGUCGUUUCCAGGACAACCUGGAUUUCAUCCAGUGGUUCAAAAAGUUCUUCGACGCCAACUACGACGGGAAGGAGUACGACCCCGUGGAGGCGCGACAGGGCCAGGACGCCAUUCCUCCUCCAGACCCCGGAGAGCAGAUCUUCAACCUGCCCAAGAAGUCACCCCAUGCAGCCAGCUCCCCGACGGCAGGGGCGACUAGAUCAUCGAGUUCAACCCCCAAAUCGUCCACGUCAACCUCGCGACCCUCUUCUGCCAAAAAGGGCCCUGUAACGACAGCAGCGACCCCGGCCAAGGGCGAGAAGGAGCUGGAGGCUCAAGUAGCGCAGCUUAACGAACAGCUGAACACAUUCAAGCUGGCGCUGGAGGGUGUGGAGAAAGAGCGGGACUACUACUUUGGGAAGCUGCGGGAGGUGGAGCUGCUGUGCCAGGAGCAGGGCCAGGAUAACGGACCCUUCGUGGAAAGAAUUAUGGAAGUGCUGUACUCCACAGAUGAACAGGAGGCUGGAGGAGAAGGAGAACACGAGGCUCUGGCACAGGAAGCGGAAGUCCCUGAUGACACACAGGAUGAAUAUUGAACAGCAUCGAUACACACACACACACACACACACGCUCCCCUUUGCCGUCCGUGAGUUUUGACCUUUUAUUUUCCGUCAAGAUGGCACAAGAGAAAAAGUCCAGGCGCCACUUUUAAAUUAAUUUGUUUUGGUAUUUUGUGAAAUGAAACAUGAAAUCUCGUUCCUGUACAUGUCUCCAUGUCGGAAAAACCCCCCCCCAAACAUGAAAAAAAAAAAACCCUCCACACUUUCACCAUGAAUACUGAACGAAGUUGUUUUCCUGUUGGUUUGGAUUGAACAUUUUAUGAAGGAAACAUGGCUUUAUUUUCAGCCGUCUUUUUUCUUUUCUUUUAAAUCUGGCACGUCGGGAGCGACGUGUACGUGACUCGCGAUGUCGCUUCCCUUUUGCAAAAGUGCUGAAUAUAUUGACACGAACAGUUGACUUGUAGGUGGUUAAAAACAACCAGAACAUCCGAAUACGGCGGCGAAAACAGCGCAAGUCGAUGAAGUCCCUUGAUUUUGACAAAGAAAAUCGUUCACGCUAUGCUAGAAAAGCAUAAUCGCGCCACACUCGCUCAUUGAAAUGUAAUUAUUGAUCCAUUAAUAUAGCAUUCAGAAUGCACAAAUGAAUAAAACAAAAAAUCAGCCAUCUCACAAAACCCUUUAUGCUAAGAUUCACUUGCUCAGCUGUUGGGUAAAUUUGACGUAAAGUUGAGGAAUCAGCAGCCGGUUGCGCCGAUAGAGCGAAACCUGUUGUGGCAGAAAUGUUUACUUCGUAUAAGUUUACGCACUAUUUAAAAAAAAAAAACGGUUGCACCAAGUAGCAUAGUUCUGACCUCGUCUUAAAUUAUAACGUAAAACGUAGAAGGAGCAGGUGUGACAUCCGCUGUUUAAAAAAAAAAAAAAGGAUUCUGUCCAGGUUUAUUUUGAACAUCCGUAACCGUGAUUUCAGCGACAAAACGGCACCUCAACGAGAUUUUCUGAAUUCUGUGCAAAUUUUAUAAAUUCAACACAAAUCCAAACAGCGAUUGUUUGAAAAACGUAUAACUGUCGUUGCGGUUUUGUUAUUCCACACGUUUAAGAUGUUGGGCAGAAAAAAAGUUAGGAAGGAGCGUUUGAGCGAACGUAGCGAGUACAGAUUUACUCGCUUUGCUCUUCGAAUCCAAAUCCGAGCACGUAACCUGUAAAUCAGACUUGAGUAUAAUGAACGUAUUUUUAAGCUUAAUUAGUCAGAUGGAUAUUUUCGAUAGGAUUUAAAAAAAAAAAAAAAAAACCCUGGCAGAUAGGCCACGCCAACAAGUGACAAACUCCAAGCGAUACGAAGGACUUAUCGCCAUCUAGUGUGAACGUCCAAGUGGUGCAACCGGCUGCAGAUAUAAAAUCUGCAAUAAAUAGGAUAUUUACAAUCAUCCGCUGCGAUUUUGAAUUUUUUUUUUUUUGAGUGUGUGUGUCUAUUCCCUCGUCCAGAUAUAUCCGAAUCAAUCCCAGUUGCUUUCUCCAACACGAGCAGCUUUGUGUCCCAGUCCGUUCUUGCUAUUGGAUCGAGAAUUUCAGCGUAUUUGUCUCCUCGUGACACUUUACUUUAGAAGCCUGCCACAUUCUGAGGGAAAAAAAAAACAAAACGAAAACCGUUGAAAGGAAUAAAACGUGUAUAUUGAAGAUAUUUUAAUAUAAUUUUAAAGUCCAGGUUUUAGCAGGAGGACGUAACGGUAACUCGCGGUCAGAAACAGUGUUCCAGUGCAUCAUAUACUGUCUCAUGAUGAUGUUGCAUUCAGCUCCACUACCGAACUCCACGGCUCAUUUAUUAUCGUGUACAAUGAAGAGGAAUGUAAUGUACUGUUAAUAAGUAUAAAUAGAAAAUGUUCUUUUUUUGUUCGUUUGUUUAUUCUCUCUCUCUCUCUCUCUCUCUGUACCCCUCAUUAUGCAUUCCCCCAAAAUCUGUGUUGCAUGUUUUCAUUUUAUUUGUGAAUAACUUGACCUGCUUUUUACAUAUUUAAUAUAAAACACAAAAAGUUCCUUUUUUUUUUUUUUUUUGUAUGUUUAACCUGCUAUUUUAAAUCUCCAGAGAGAUUUAAAUUUGCCGUAAUAAAAAUCUGUCACUUUGAAAAGGAAAUAUUUGGGUGUUAUUUAUUAUUAUUUUUUUUAUUUAUUCAUUUUGAAUUGAAAUGUAAUAACAGGAGCAUGUCACGACUGAGUGGGUUUGUGGCGUGGGAUUCUUUUGCGUUCCUGAUGAAAACAAAUUAAUGAUGAACACAUUUAAUAUACAGUAUGAUUCGGUGUACUCAAAUAAAAUGGAAAGAAAACUCUUUCAGUGUUGAGCAAUAAA